AGGGGCAGAUGGCCCUGCUCCACGUCGGUUUCCCCUUUUGUUUUGGUAGGGUCUUCAAGAAGUCAAGCCCAAACUGCAAGCUGACCGUGUACCUGGGCAAGAGGGACUUUGUGGACCAUUUGGACCAGGUAGAUCCUGUCGAUGGGGUGGUUCUGGUGGAUCCCGACUACCUGAAGGAUCGGAAAGUGUACGUGACGCUGACCUGCGCCUUCCGCUACGGCCGGGAGGACCUGGACGUGUUGGGCCUGUCCUUCCGCAAGGAUCUGUUUGCGGCCACUUGCCGGGCCUUCCCGCCCCCCCCGGCCCCCGAGCCCCCUGCGCCCCCUGCCACGCGGCUCCAAGAGCGCCUGCUGCGUAAACUCGGACAAUACGCCUGCCCUUUCUCCUUCACGAUCCCCCAGAAUCUCCCCUGCUCCGUCACACUGCAGCCCGGGCCUGAAGAUACAGGGAAGGCUUGCGGGGUGGACUUUGAGAUCCGGGCUUUCUGUGCCAAAAGCGCAGAAGAGAAAAUCCACAAGCGGAACUCGGUGCGCCUGGUGAUCCGAAAGGUGCAGUUCGCUCCGGAGAAGCCCGGCCCGCAGCCCACGGCCGAGACCAGCCGCCACUUCCUCAUGUCUGACCGCUCCCUGCACCUCGAGGCUUCGCUGGACAAGGAGCUGUAUUACCAUGGAGAACCUUUGAGCGUCAACGUCCAUGUGACCAACAACUCCACCAAGACUGUGAAGAAGAUCAAAGUCGCCGUGAGACAAUAUGCCGACAUCUGCCUCUUCAGCACGGCCCAGUACAAGUGUCCAGUGGCUCUUGUAGAGCAAGAUGACCAGAUUGCCCCCAGCUCCACGUUCUGCAAGGUGUACACGCUGACCCCACUGCUGGCGGACAACCGUGAGAAGCGCGGCCUGGCGCUGGACGGAAAACUCAAGCACGAGGACACCAACCUGGCCUCCAGCACCAUAAUGAGGGAAGGAGCCAGCAAAGAGGUCUUGGGCAUCAUCGUGUCGUACCGUGUCAAGGUGAAGCUGGUUGUGUCAAGAGGCGGGGACGUGUCCGUGGAGCUGCCCUUUGUCCUGAUGCAUCCCAAGCCGUCUGACCACUUCACUCUGGCCCGACCCCAGUCAGCGGCCCCCGAGUCUGAUGCACCGGUGGACACCAACCUCAUCCAGUUUGAGUCCAACUCCGGCCAAGACGACGACAUCGUCUUCGAGGAUUUCGCACGCCUCCGCCUCAAGGGUCUCAAAGACGAGGACUACGACGACCAUUUCUGCUAGGAGGGGGCCGGGGUG